AGCCACUAAAGAGGACACUCAUUAAUGGGUACACUCACCUUCCCAUCUUCUUUUUUCAAGGUCAGCUCGAACUGGGUCGUUUUGGUGGUCCUUUAAAGGUCCUGUUCCCAGCUGAAAGCCUCAGAAUACCAAUGCUGCAGAAGAUGGAUAUCAAUUUCAAAAGAACGCUGCUUUUGGUGCUAUCAGUUGCGUUGUUAAAGUUCGGAAAUGGGCAAGAUUCAACUCAACUUGUUCCGGCAAUCUUAACGUUUGGUGACUCUGCAGUGGAUGUGGGGAACAAUAACUAUCUUCCCACUAUUUUCAAGGCUAAUUACCCUCCAUAUGGAAGGGACUUUGUCAAUCAUCAGCCUACUGGGAGGUUUUGCAACGGUAAACUAGCCACUGAUAUAACUGCUGAAACUUUGGGUUUUAAGACUUAUCCUCCAGCAUAUCUUAGCCCACAGGCAUCUGGGAAGAACCUUCUAAUCGGAGCCAACUUUGCUUCAGCUGCAUCGGGUUACGAUGAGAAUGCAGCAAUCAUUAAUCAUGCAAUCCCGUUGUCUCAGCAGCUGGAGUACUUCAAGGAAUACCAGACUAAGCUAGCAAAGGUGGCUGGCAGUAAGAAAGCAGCAUCCAUCAUCAAGGAUGCUAUAUACAUUUUGAGUGCAGGUAGUGGCGACUUUCUCCAGAAUUAUUACGUCAAUCCUUUAAUCAACAAAGCCUAUACUCCAGACGAGUAUGGCACGUUUCUUGUUGGUGCAUUCUCAAACUUUGUGAAGAACCUGUACGGCCUGGGAGCCAGGAAACUUGGGGUGACUUCACUCCCUCCAUUGGGUUGCGUUCCCUUAGCAAUCACGUUAUUGGGAAAUCAUGAGAAUGGGUGCGUCUCCAGGAUCAAUACCGACGCCCAAGGAUUCAAUAAGAAGAUCAACUCAGCUGCAGCGAAUCUCCAAAAGAAAUAUCCCGGUCUUACAAUUGUUAUCUUCGACAUUUAUACACCUUUCUAUGAUCUUGUUAAAUCCCCAUCAACACAUGGUUUUCUGGAAGCAAGGAGAGGUUGCUGUGGUACAGGAACAGUAGAGACAACAUCAGUAUUGUGCAAUCCAAAAUCACCGGGAACUUGUUCUAAUGCGACUCAGUAUGUAUUUUGGGACAGCGUCCAUCCAUCUGAGGCUGCUAAUCAGGUUCUUGCAGACGCACUGAUUGUUCAAGGCAUCGCCCUCAUUGGAUGACGAUAUUAUAUGGUUUUUUUUUUUUUUUUGUGUGUGUCUCUGUAAAAUGUCUAAGAUCGUGCCCUGCUCUUCAAUUAACAUCGUGGGAUGCUGCAAAAGUUGUAAUAAUAAUUAUGUAGCUGAGGAUAUUUAUUCUCAGUAAAUAUAAUACGCAUUCUAUUUGUAAUCUCAAGAAUUCCCUGAAAAUCAGAUGGUCCGGAAUUAUAGUUGUUGUA